CUGCUUGAUCGUCUAAUAGAUCUCUGGUUUGUGAAAUCUCAGCCGUAUUUCCCUCUUUUCCAUCGCCCGACUUUCGAGAGGUCCGUGAUUUCUGGAUUACACUACCAUGAUCGACACUUUGGCGAAACUUUGUUGGCCAUGUGUGCGCUCUCUGCUCGACACUCAGACGAUCCUCGAACUUUCACGCAUGGGUCGCCACUUUCCGCAGGCUUUAUGUGGAUGCAGCAAGUGAAUCCGGCACCAAUCACGUUCUCGGAGGCACCAUCUCUAAUGCAAGUGCAGAAACUUAUCCUCUAUGUCAUGUUCAUGCAAACUACGUCUAUGCCUUACUCCAGUCUGGGGUUGACGGGGCUGGGAAUCCGCCUUCUUCAAGAUGUAGGCGCACAUCGUAAGAAAUCUACGCCGCCUACAGUUGCGGGAGAACUCUGGAAACGAGCCUUUUGGAUCUUGAACUACAUUGACCUCUCUCUGAGUAUCAAUCUCGGUAGGCCACGGGCUAUGACCUCAGACGAUUAUGAUGCAGAGUUUCCUAUUGAAUGUGAUGAUGAAUAUUGGGAGCAGUCUGGCGAACUAGCCUUCAAACAACCCCUAGGGAAAUUUUGCCAAUUGUCAUAUUGGAUACACAUGCUCAAACUAGUUGGUAUAUUAGAGACUGUUCAGCGUGCAACAAGCACCGUGCGUCCUAGGCGUAAACCUGACCCAGAUGCAUUAUUCCUAAGACAACAGGCCGUGAUCGAGAUUGACAAAGCAUUAGGUUCUUGGCUGGAAAACAUUCCUGCACAGUUGAAAUGGGAUCCCCAACGUCAAGAUACGGUGUCAUUUCACCAGUCCGCAAUGCUUUAUAUAAUGUAUUUUUUCCUUCGGAUGGAAACGUAUCGCAAUGGUCUAGCGACAUCUCCUACUUCGCUGGAAGUAUGUGUCAAUGCAGCACAUUCAUGUAUUCACAUUGUGGAAGCACAUUGCAAGCGUGAUUAUCUCUCGCUUGGUCCACAAUUGCUGGCUGCAAUUGCUAAUUCCGGGAUCGUUCUACUGAUUAAUAUAUGGAAAGCAAAACGCUUAGACCUGGAUAUAGACAUAGAUCUCGAAAUGGGUGAUGUAGUCAAAUGUAUGCUUCAGUUAGAACGAUUCGAACAACGGUCAGCGUUUUUUGACUUUUUGUUCUUCCUACUCAAAUGUUUUGCAGGAUACAACUUGCGGGGCGCUUACGGUAUUCUAAUCUACGUAUGA